AUGCCAUCCACACACUUCUCACCGCGUCUCCCUAUCAACCCACCACCAGCCUCUGCAGGCCACCACCACCACCAUCAUCGAAACCAGUCCAGCGUAUCCUCCUUUAUCUCCGCAGGAGGUGCCAUGAUCGGUAUCGAUUCUGGUCCUAGAAAGACCGCCGCCGAGAAAGCCGCUGAACGAGAUUGGCAAGAACAGGCCAGGCAGAUCUUCCAGUUGAGCACCGUGUCGGCCAAGGGCCAUUUUCUCCCGCCUUCGCCUUCACCUCUGGAGUUGGGAAAGCAAGGGUCGAACGAUCGUUUCAAGGACAAUGAUACCGACUACUUUACGACCAUUAUUAUCAGCACCUCGCCCGAGCGGGUUCGAACCUUUUUGUCGACCGAGUCAAGCAUUAGCCCGGCCGUGGUUGUCGGUCAAGACAAAGAGAACAGUAAAGUCGCUGCUACUCCCCCGAACCUGCCUCCUCCCUAUGUUAGCGCUGUUGCAAUCCCAGUAGUUGCAGCAAUCCCUGCUGCGAUUCCUAAACGUCGAGUCGUCGCCCCUGCUGAUACCCUGUCGACGCCUCCAUCAAUCGAUGCCAAGUACACCAUCCUCGCAGUCGUACAGCUCCAACUCCAGCAACAAUCCACGACAGCGCCUUCGUCGCCCCCACCAAGAAUCCCCGAUGCACAGAAAUAG